CGAGUUUGGUUCCGCCGAUCAGUUGUGUCUUGUGCGUUGUGCGGUGAAGUUGCGCCUUCGUUCUGAAACCUGAAAAGCUGAGAAUCAGAACCUCUGAACAUCUGAAUAUCUGACCAUCUGAACGUCUGAAAAUCCAGCAGAUACUCGGACCGUGCGGCGCAUCCUUCUCCAGACUGAGAGCCAGAUCCGAUUCCAGCCUUAGCCUUCCACUCCACAAAUCGCCACUUUCGAGAUGAGAGAAAUUGUUCACCUGCAGGCCGGCCAGUGUGGCAACCAGAUCGGCGCUAAGUUCUGGGAGAUCAUCUCCGAGGAGCACGGCAUCGACAGCAAUGGCAUCUACGUGGGCGACAGCGACCUGCAGCUGGAGCGCGUCAGUGUCUACUACAACGAGGCAUCGGCAGUCACGCGGUCGUCGGGCGGCAAGUACGUGCCCAGGGCCAUCCUGCUCGAUCUGGAGCCGGGAACCAUGGAGUCGGUGCGCUCCGGUCCCUACGGCCAGCUCUUCCGGCCGGACAACUUCGUGUACGGACAGUCGGGAGCGGGCAACAACUGGGCCAAGGGUCACUACACCGAGGGCGCCGAGCUGGUGGACCAUGUGCUCGACGUGGUCCGCAAGGAGUGCGAGAACUGCGACUGCCUGCAGGGCUUCCAACUGACGCACUCGCUGGGCGGCGGCACUGGCUCCGGAAUGGGCACCCUGCUGAUCUCGAAGAUCCGCGAGGAGUACCCCGACCGCAUCAUGAACACCUACUCGGUGGUGCCCUCGCCGAAGGUCUCGGACACCGUGGUGGAGCCCUACAACGCCACCCUGUCCAUCCACCAGCUGGUGGAGAACACAGACGAGACGUACUGCAUCGACAACGAGGCGCUGUACGACAUCUGCUUCAGGACACUGAAGGUGUCCAAUCCCAGCUACGGAGACCUCAACCACCUGGUCUCGCUGACCAUGUCCGGGGUGACCACCUGCCUGCGCUUCCCCGGCCAGCUGAACGCCGAUCUGCGCAAGCUGGCGGUCAACAUGGUACCAUUCCCGCGUCUGCACUUCUUCAUGCCCGGCUUCGCGCCGCUCACCUCGCGGGGAUCGCAGCAGUACCGCGCCCUCACCGUCCCGGAGCUGACCCAGCAGAUGUUCGACGCCAAGAACAUGAUGGCCGCCUGUGAUCCGCGCCACGGUCGCUACCUCACGGUGGCCGCCGUCUUCCGGGGCCGCAUGUCCAUGAAGGAGGUGGACGAGCAGAUGCUGGCGGUGCAGAACAAGAACAGCUCCUACUUCGUCGAGUGGAUCCCGAACAACGUGAAGACGGCGGUGUGCGACAUCCCGCCCAAGGGCCUCAAGAUGUCCUCCACGUUCAUCGGCAACACCACCGCCAUCCAGGAGCUGUUCAAGCGGAUCUCCGAGCAGUUCUCGGCCAUGUUCCGGCGCAAGGCCUUCCUGCACUGGUACACCGGCGAGGGCAUGGACGAGAUGGAGUUCACCGAGGCGGAGAGCAACAUGAACGACCUGGUCUCCGAGUACCAGCAGUACCAGGAGGCCACCGCCGACGACGAGUUCGACCCGGAGGUCAAUCAGGAGGAGGUCGAGGGCGAUUGUAUUUAAUGGUGUGGCCAGAGGAAUGAGGGGCGUGCGUGACGGCGGGGGGCAUAGGGAUGUCCGCUUUCUGCGCGGCAUGCGCCACCAGCUGGCGGCCAAGCACUGCAGCAUCCUGUGACCACCGCCGUGGAACAC